CACUGACAGAACACAUUGCAUGUGGAAAUUAUAAAAAAAGUAGAUUUUGGAUUAAAAAAACAACUAGAAAUAGAAGUUAGUUUAUUACUGUUCAAUAAUACACUUUGGGUGGACUCUUUUGUUUAUUGUAAAUAAUUGCUUUGUUACGGAACGUGCAUAUGCGCCAGAUGGUUGUGUGACGACCUAUUGCAGUGGGCCCGAGAUCGCCACAGAAAUCGUCAAUACAGCGGCUAGAUUUACCGUUUGGCGAUUUCAGAUACAUUCAUACAUAUAGGAUUGUUCGUAAUGCAACAAGCUACGCCAAAUUUAUCAACACAAUCCGAUAUAGCUAAAGCCAUGCAGCCUCAUUCAGCACAAAAUAUGAUAUUGCCAGCCAAUAAAAAGUCCAAAAAGUAUGCUCCACAGGUGCCGCCCACAAAGCCACAGCCUCUUCAGCAGUCCCUUCAACAGCAGCAGCACAGCCACACGGCGUCACAGUCACAGUAUUCGAUAAGCAAGGCUUACAAUGUUGUCUCAAUACUAAAGACUUCAACGCCGAGCACUCACCAGUCAGCCCUCUUGACGCACCAGCAGCAGCAGUCUCAUCACCUCCAGCACACGCAGCAACAACAGCAGCAGCAACAAAGUUACGCUAACGUUGUGAACAGGCCCAUGGCAGGAGCAGGCCCAGGACCAGCAGGAUCUCAACAGUCCACUGUUCUGUGCAACGGCGCUAAUAUAAUGACUGUGAACAGCUGUUCUUUGAAUCCGGGGGAAUUGAAUUCUACAGCUAUUUACAAUAUAUCAAGCCACCGGGCGUUACCUGGUGGCAGCCUUGAUGGAAAUCUUCGAUUCAUGAGCGUUCCGGACAUGAAUAAAAAUGGGAACUGCGUCGGCAGUGGUACGGUAGCGGCCAGCAACAACUCCCUCGCCGGAGUGGGCAACGGUUCAAGUACUGGAAGCACCAUUGGUGUCGCUAUUGGUGCAGCCACCGCUGGGACGUACAUGCACGAAAAGAAUCUUGUUGGUGUCGGCGUAGGCGUCAGUUGUAUUGAUACUAAUAGGAAGUUCGAUUUCAAAAACAAUAGCUAUCAAACAGCGUCGGCAGAGUACGUGUCAACGGGAAACAACAGUUCAGGGAACUCCCGUUCAAAUCAACCAAGCGGUGGCAUAUUUCGAGGACCACCCCCGGCGUCUAAUGCUCCACGUGGCGGUGGCGCCGGCGGCACCCGUCACGUCCAUGUACAACCUAUGUAUCAACAGGCAAUACACCAGAAUAUGGUGCUGCAGCCGUACACUCAAUACAACCCGCGACAACAAACAUUUCCAGCUUCUCACCUGCAAUAUGCGCCCCCUCCAAUACCCUACUACCAGUACCAGUAUAUGUCGGCACUCCAGCAGCAGCCGCCGCCACAUACCCGUAGCGCCGUAACAGUCAAUACGAAUGUGGGCAACACCAUGUCACCGGUACAGUCCGGGCCCAAUGGGCCGCUGGCUGGUCCCGGGGCCAGCUCGACACAGCUGCAGUUGCUUACAAGCACUGUUCAACAAGGGGCGAAUACUGUCAUAGGUGUGGCUGGACCUGGCAGUGGUGUGGGCCAGGUUGGCGUGGCUCCAAUGGUGGGAGUCGGUGGGAUGCCAACCAGCGUGCAACCUCCGUCAGUUCAGUCGCAGCCAGCGAAUAGACGUCGACGUCAGCAUCGUUUGCAAAUCAUCGAUCCGACCACCAAGAAAAAUAUAUUGGACGAUUUCGAUAAGAGCAACUCGACUGCGGACAAUGACUUCUCGGAGCAAGGAUCUUCAGCAACGGUGACGGCUCCUGUCGUUCUGACCGAAACUCCUAUUUGUAUUCCAACGCAGGACUCUGUUGGUAUACAUAUUUCCAAUAACGUAACACUGCAGGCAGGCACUCCAGACUCGAGGACCAACGUUCCUUAUCCUAUAGAGCAAUUGCCCAUACAACGCCAAGAUAUCGGGCAGACUCCAAUCGUAUCCGCCAUGUCUGAUGCACCAUCUGUUGAAAUAUUGCCAACGCCUCAGAAGGGAAGAAGCAAAAAAAUCCCCAUAGUCUCUCCAAAAAACGUAUCUGAGUCCCCUGUCUUUACCACUUCUGAUGCAGAUGAUGCAGGUGCAAAACCAGGAGCUGCAACCAAAACAACCAAGGAGGCUACCCAAAAAAAACAAUCGUAUCAGACUGCAUCCACUUCCCAGGAGAUUAAACAGGAGCCACCGCUUUCUCAGAUUACAGCGGAAGUGCCAGGCGCCGCAUCGGAGGAAACCAACAUUGCAACUAUUAAUUCAGACGCUGUUCAGUCCGCCGAUAACCUUUUAACCGAAUUGCAGCAUUCAGAGACAGCAAAAAAUCAGUCUGUAGACGUUGCCAAACUGUCAGAGACAUCGCGUAUUGAUGCUGUUACGGUCGCUUCUGUCGAGGCCAAGCCGAUCCACAGCCUCUUCCCAUCAACAGAAAUAUCAAAAAACGCAGCUGAGGAAAGCUUAGUUCUAAGCCAGGCUCACCAGGGCGAGGCGCAGCAUAAACAGCAGGGACCAACCUUCGAAAGUGCAACCGAUGAAAUUGAUCGAGCGCCGAUGGCAUUAGCAGAAGAGAUUUGUACGGAGACCCAGAGCCGACAGCCCAAAACAGUAGGAGAAACAACGACUAAAGAACAUUUACCAAAAGGUGUAAUGGAUACAACGCCUCUACCUGAGCUGGCACUAGAAACGCAGUCCAGUGUUGCCGCGAAAGACGAUUCCGAGCGUAAGCCUGAGGCAAAGCCAGAUCCACCCGAGACAGAGUCACAGCCUGAGCAUCAGCAUGAGCUUGAGAAUCAGCCUGAGCAUGAACCGGUUUCCGAUCCCAAACUUCAAGCAGAUAUUAAAGUGCAACUGGAACCAGAAGACACUGGCACAGCCACAGGCGCAGAGACAGUUUUAGCAUCGUUGAUUAAUUACAAUGAGGGACAAUGGUCGCCCAGCAAUCCCAGUGGAAAGAAGCAGUACGAUCGCGAGCAGCUUCUGCAGCUUCGCGAGGCAAAGGCCUCUCGUAUACAACCGGAAGUAAAGAACGUCUCGAUACUGCCCCAACCAAACUUAAUGCCGUCGUUCAUCCGCAACAACAACAACAACAAUAAGCGAGUGCAGUCAAUGGUUGGUGUGAUUGGAGGUCGCAACAGCGAGUCGGGCGGUGGAUUCAUUGGCAAACAAGUGUCGAUGUCCGGUGUGCAGGGUGGCGGUGGCAGGAGCAGCAUGAAGGGUAUGAUUCAUGUCAACCUGUCGCUAAACCAGGACGUAAAACUGAAUCAGAACGAGAAUGCAUGGCGUCCACGAGCCGUAAAUAAGUCUGACAGCAGCGCAGACGUAAAGGCCACUCAGGAGAAGGAUGAGUUGGUGCGACGAGUUAGGGGAAUUCUGAAUAAGCUAACCCCCGAGAGGUUCGAUACGCUGGUCGAGGAGAUUAUCAAAUUGAAGAUUGAUACGCCUGACAAGAUGGAUGAGGUUAUUGUCUUGGUUUUUGAGAAGGCCAUCGAUGAACCAAACUUUUCGGUUUCGUACGCCAGGCUGUGCCAUCGGCUUAUAAGUGAGGUGAAAGCUCGCGACGAGCGUAUGGAGAGCGGUACGAAGUCAAAUCUGGCACACUUCCGGAAUGCCUUGUUGGACAAAACGGAGCGGGAGUUUACGCAGAACGUCUCACAGAGCACCGCAAAGGAGAAGAAACUGCAACCAAUUGUGGAUAAGAUAAAGAAGUGCAACGAUCAGAACGAAAAAGCGGAGCUAGAAGCACUCCUGGAGGAGGAAGAGAGGAAAAUACGUAGACGCUCCGGAGGCACAGUUCGGUUUAUCGGGGAGCUCUUUAAGAUAUCCAUGCUGACUGGAAAGAUCAUAUACUCCUGCAUUGACACACUGCUAAACCCGCAGUCAGAGGAUAUGCUCGAGUGCCUCUGCAAACUACUGACAACCGUCGGGGCUAAGUUCGAGCAGACCCCCGUCAGUUCAAAGGAUCCGUCACGAUGCUAUUCGCUGGAAAAGUCAAUAGCCAAAAUGCAGGCAAUCGCCUCCAAGAGCGAUAAAGACGGCGCAAAAGUUAGCUCCCGCGUGCGGUUUAUGCUCCAAGAUGUUAUAGAUCUGCGGAAAAACAAAUGGCAAUCGACGCGCAACGAGGCACCCAAGACAAUGGGACAAAUCGAAAAGGAGACCAAGAACGAGCAACUAUCGGCACAAUACUUUGGUCCGCUCUCCGGCAGUACCCCCGUUGUGUCCCAGGGAGGAUCGGGAAAGCGGGACGAUCGCAGCAAUGCUCGAUUCGGAGACUCUCGCUCUGGCAGCGGCUAUUCUGGCAGUCACAGCCAGCGUGGAGACAACGGAAGCCUGCGAAACCAGCAGCAAAACAACGGGGCCGGUGGCAAUAGCUCCAGUGGUGCUGGUCAUUCUAAUGGAAACAACGAUGACAAUACAUGGCACGUGCAAACAAGCAAGGGUAGCCGCUCGCAAGCGGUUGAUAGCAACAAACUGGAGGGUCUGACAUUACAACUAAACCAAAACUUAGAGAACAAAAAAAUGGGUGGUGUCACACAAUUUAUUUGGAAUACCAAUGCUGCGAGACAAUGUUCUGCUCCGACAACUACGCCAUCCAAUCCCUUCGCAGUGUUGUCGUCCCUAGUGGAUAAGAACAGCAGCGAACGGGAUCGUGACCGUGACCGCAGUGGCCCCAGAAACAAGGGAUCAUAUAGCAAGGGAUCUAUGGAGCGUGAUCGUUAUGGCGAUAGAGGUAUCAACUCGAGAACUGGAUCAUCACAGGGAUCGCGAGAAAAUUCAUCCUCUCGCGCUGGACAGCAGGGUCGUGGCUUGAUGAACUCUUCAGUUCAGAAGUCUGCUAGUCACUCAAAAUAUACACAACAGGCACCAUCAGCUCGAAUUAGUGGCAAGGCACAAACCUCACUGGGAAGCUCUGCUGUCAACGUGGGUGGGCUUUACAGAGGUGGCGAUCAGCAGUCAGCUACGUCCAGUUCCAGUGCCGCUACAACGCCCGUGCAGAUAAAUAGAUCUGUGGCCCCGGUGGCCGUGUUCAGCGAGCCCAGUCAAGCUGACAUAAAGCUGAUCAAGGCGGUUGUCUCGGAAAUGAUUGAGCUGGCUGCAGCGUCUAAGAGUGUGACUCCGACGGUAGUUGCGUGUAUGAAACGGAUACCAGAGGACAUGCGUUGUGGUUUCUUGUACUACAUAUUAACCGACUAUUUGCAUCUGGCGGAUGUAGGCAAACAGUACAGGAGGUAUCUGGCCAUUACUGUGGCGCAUCUCAUUCAACAGAACUACAUCUCCGUGGAUCAUUUUAGACUGGCGUACAAAGAAUUUGCCGAGUGCGCAAAUGAUUUAAUUUUUGAUAUUCCAGAGCUCUGGCUCUAUAUUCUGCAAUUUGCCGGGCCACUAAUUGUGAAGAAAAUAUUGACGGUAUCAGAUCUGUGGAACAAUAAUCUGAAAGAAAACAGCCCAUCAAACGUGGGUAAAAAGUUCCUCAAAACCUAUUUGACAUAUUGUACACGAGAAGUAGGACCGAAUUUCACUCGUUCCAUGUGGAUCAAGUUUAAUCUGCACUGGUCCGACUUUAUGCCUGACAACGAAGUUAUCGAAUUCAUUGAAACCAAUAGACUAGAGUAUGUGGAAAACGAGUCGAAGUCGCCAGUGAUUGAGCAGCGCGAAACCUCAGAGAAGCACGUUAAUAAUGUGAUAGAACAUAUAGAGCAUUUGUUAAAGGAAGGAGCGACGGCAGACUGCAUAAUCGAUUACAGUAACGGCAAUAUUUUGGUUGCUGAUAAACUGUUUAUUAGAGGCUUGACUGAAACGUUGAGUAAUUUUGCUAUUGUCUACAAAGACAACAGCUACAAACUUGAGCCCGAAGUCUUCCAAAAGUUUUGCAUACCAGUUUUGCAGCGAUACAUCGACUCGCAUGAAGAUCAUCAAUUGGAAUGCCUUUAUGCUAUGCAGCUAUUGGUGCAUAGCUUAGAGCAUCCUAGAGGACUAUUGAGUGAACUAAUUGGUGAGCUAUAUGAUACCUAUGUUAUACAGAAAGAGUCGCUAUGCAAGUGGCGUGAUUCAAAGGAUCAAUCAGCAGGCAAGGGCGUGGCUGUUAAAAGUCUUAAUCCCUUCUUUAACUCAUUAUUAAAUGAUGAAGCCAACUAAAGCAGCACAGUACUCGGAGAGUUGACAGAAACAUCGCGUUAGGGGAAUA